AUGGGUCACAGCCAAAGGACAGAACAUUGGACACAUUCCACGUUUCACAUAGAUCGGUCAACGUACAGGACAAAACAGCAGCAGCUGAACGAUCCAGUCAUCCAGUGCAACAGUUUCACCAUCACAAAGGUCGCGGCAGGCGGCGUCGCGCUCCGACUGAACGUGACGGAUCUGCGGCGGACACACACCGCGGACACACUCCAGGACCACGGCCCGGACCGGGACCAGAACCGGGACGUGCAAAAAGGCUCUCCGCCCCGGACUCUACCGGCUGUAGCUGCUCCUCUUCCCCCUUCACCAGUUCGCUUCAUUUGGGCCCGGUCCAGGAUGGAGGACUCGGAGGUGGAGCUGGCGGUGACGGAGCCGGACGCUCUGGGUGCAGACUUCAUUACGGUGGAGUUGGACACGCAGCCCAUCGAGUACGUGGUGAAGUGGGCCGAGGUGGGGUCGAAGUUCACCAUCUCCUGUGUGAAGAAGGACUCGGACGACCCAGCGGACCUGACUGCCGAGCAACUGAAGAUCGAGACCGACGAGGCGUUCUUCGCCCCCUACGAGGAGGUGUACCCCUGCGAGGUGACGGAGCAGAGCGUCGAGAUCAAGACAGACUCCGAUGAGGAGGACGAGGAGGAGCGCGACGACGAGCACGAGGUGCUGCUGGAGGCGGGUGGCGGACAUCUGGAAGGAGACGCCGACUCAGACCAGAACGACGACUAUGAGCCCGACGAGCGACAGUACCGCUGUAGCUACUGCGGGAAGUGCUACAGCCACGCCUCCAGCCUGUACCGCCACCAGCAGACGCACACCGGCAAAGGGGCGGCGCCACCCGCCAAACGGGCGCUGGAGCCUACGCACCAGGAGGCCCGCUACACCUGCCCACACUGUGGCAUGAGCUUCAAGGGCAGCAGGAUGCUGGGCAGUCACCUGAGGCUUCAUGGGAAGAGGCGGAUCCACCCCUGUAACAUCUGUGGGAAGGAGUUCAACCACAGUUCCAGCCUGUCCCGCCACCGCCUUAUCCACAAGAAGGGAAAAGGAAUCCCCAAGGAUGCUGCCCUCGGACCCAACAUGGCCACCCUACGCCACUCACUGAAGACCAGCACCAAGAACAAGAAGACCAAGAGGCAGCAGACGACCACCAUCGUCCAGACCCAGACCCACAGCGGGGACAAGUUCUACGCCUGUCCACAGUGUGACAUGAGCUUCAGGACGUCCACGCAGCUGUCCAAACACCAGGUGACCCAUGUGAAGGAGCUGCUGGACAACUACACGCCAGGUAAAGAGAAUCUGGGAGAGACGUCAUCAGACCUGAAGAUCCGCCUGAAGCUCUGCUCCAGAGACAAACCCAACUUCUACACCCUCUGUAAGAAGAACCGCCGCCGCCGUGCUGGCCGGGGCGCCAAGCGAGGCCCUGCCUCCUCGGAGGACGAGGAAGGGGGCGGGGCGGGAGGAGGGGCCGGUCGUCACGGCUGCGGCCAGUGCGGGAAGCGUUUCAGCCAUGCCUCCAGCCUGGCACGGCACCAGCAGACCCACCGGGUGGAUGGUGGGCGCAUGAAGCUGCAGCAGCACCACCAGAAGACCGGACUCCAGGGCACCGCCAAGACCAAGACCUACACCUGCGCCGCCUGUAACAAGACCUUCAUGCACUCGUCGAGCUUCUCUCGCCAUAAGAAGGCGCACAUGGAGGAGGAGCACCGCCGGGCCGCCACUGCCGCCGCCAAGCACUGCAAGAGACCGGUGUUAGAUGAGACUGCGCCGUUGGAGUCCGAUUCUGAGUGAUGCUACCCAGACCGGCACCGGCUCAGACCGGAUCUGGACCGGUCCUGGAGCUGCUCUGGGUUGGUUCUGAACCAGUGCCGACUGGUUCUGGACUGGUUUGGGACCAGUUCUCUCAUAAGAGUUCUAAUUGAAAAGGAUCUGGAGUCGUUGGGGACAGAUUCUGGAUUUGUUGUCCCAGUUUGGGGAACUGGACUCUUCCUCUGGUGUAGAUAGCAGCAGGACAUCCAUAUGUGGUCGUAUGGGGCGUGUCCACAUACGGUCAUAUCCAUAUAUGGUCAUUACUGACCGUUAGCUCUUAAGGAUGGGAUUAGAUUUAAAGUGUUAGACCCGCCCCUUGCCUCUGGCCCUGCCCCCUGUCUGUUUGCUUUCAUUCUGCCCUCUCUACACUCCAUUUCCCAUCAGCCACCUGGGGAGGCCACUCCUGGCUGCCACUACAACUCCCAUCAGCCCCGGGUCUUAGCAUUCUGGGAAACUGAGUCUGACCAUAAAACGAACUCAUUCAGUUCAGGUUGAAGUUUAUUAACGAUAAAAAUACAUAAGAUACGUUUGUUCAAGAGGAAUCAGAGACGCACACAUCUGAUACAGACCAUGUUUCUGUUUAUUUGUUUUUGUUGUUAUUUAUUUCCCCCCUUUUGUUUUUUUGGAAACAAAGAAAUAAGUCAUUGUAAAAAAAAGAAUAAUAACUGAACUGUUUUAAAGUGUUUCAUCACAUGUUGUUUAAAUGAGCACAAAUUGGUUUCACAGCAGAGUAAAAUAAGAGCUCAGAACCAGAAAGAAUCACAUUUUAAUCUUUGGCGUGUCUGUGUUAGCCCCGCCCCUUCACCACACCCUCUUUCCGGUGUCUUUGUUUGAUUCUUUGAACAUUUGAUCGAGUACCAGAUAAGAUGGUAAAAAUACAGAAAACACAAUAGUUUGAGCAGGAGUUAAAGAUGCAGUGAUGGUUUUUAUAUCUUAAAUUCAAUCACACAUUAAUGAACCAACGUGGAUCAGAUCAACAGGUGGAAUUCAUGUUCACGUCAGGUGAAUAUGUGAUACGUGAUAUGUGGGUUGGGGUCAAAGGUCGAUGUUUUAACUAUUAGCUCCUGGAUUCUGUGACAUCACAAUUGGCCUGAUUAUUAAUGUGGUUACUGAUCGUCCAUAGGCAUCUUUCUCCCCUUGUAGAUUCGAUUGGCUGCAGUUCUGAGGCCCAGCAUUCUGAUUGGUUCACUGUGUUUUCAUAUUUAAUGUUCAUUGUUUCUGUUUUUUUUUUUUUUUUUUUUUUCAAAGGUUAAAAUGUGAAAUCCCAGCAGACGAGCUGAUUGGUCAGAGCCGUUUCCUCCACUCUUAACAUUUGCAUGAAGACUAUAACUUGCAGCUCGUCAGCCAUGUUUGUAGUUCUGUGGCAUUUCCUGUUUCAGCGGCGGAGCGGCUGCGUCCCGGAGGUCAAAGGGCAAACUGCACUACUUAUUUAUGGAUUUGGACAAUGUUGUAAUAUAUGGAUAUAAAUGGUAUUUAAUGUGAUUCACGAGAAAAAAAAAAACAACAAAAAACUAAGAGAGUGGCCUCGCUGCACUCGUUAUUGUAGCACUACCACCGCCACCUUCAUCAUUUAGCACUAUCAUCAUCAGAUGCAAACAGGAAGAGAAGCAGAUUUCACAGUAAAAGCCUCAGCGUAUGAGAGGAUUAAUCAGCUGAUGAACGACGAUAAACAUCUAAACCUAAAGAGUUGCUCUGAUUGGCUGAAGCUAAUGUCUGAGUCAGAGUUGAAAUGACCACCAGAUAACUCACAGCGAUGCAUCACAACUCAAUAGAACAUCCAGUAAUAACCAUAACAUCCAAUUAUAACGAGUUAUGACAAACAUCGAACUCUCGCUGGGGACAAAUUAGGUACAAACGGCAAACGUUACAGCUUUGCAGCAGAAUCACUGACGUCUUCAUCAGCCGAUGGGGACACUUUUAUCCACUAAAGUCUGACGUUUGUCCCACUCUGAAGUCUAUUUUGGACCAGACUCGACUAAACACAAACUAAAGGGUCGUUCUGAUUGGCUGAUGUUAAAGUGGGCGUUUCCCCUCAGAGGUAGGAGGUGCCUCCAGCCGCCGCCGUUCUUCGGUUCACACGAGAUUUUGUCCAAAGACCUGAGACUGAAACAGAUGGAUCGGAUUUAGCCAAUUCUGACCUGUGGACGUCGGCCACGCCUGCUCCUCCUCCUGCUCCUGCUCCUCCUGUUCUGUUGGGUUCUUUCUGUUUCAGCCCAUUUCUGCUGCCAUCUGCAUUAGAUCCUUGUGUUGCUCCUCCUCCUCGUCAUGCUCCUCCCAUUCUGUUGGGUUCUUUCAGUUUCAGCCCCUUUCUGCUGCCGUUUGCAUUAGAUCCUUGUUGUGUUGCUUUGUUUUCCAGCUGCAGGUAGAAGGUUGUACGUCAUUGUAUCGUGUUUGCCAAUAGAAUAAACCCAGUUGACAUGUUUUGUCUUGCAUUUUGUAAUAAACCUUUGAAAGAA